GUAUAAAUAUAUACGAUUCGAUCAAUCUGCGCGGGCGCAGUAACUCACCAUUGAGUCAGCCGUUUUGGUAGAGCGCAGUCGUAUGACAAUCAUUAUGAUUUUAAAAAAUACUGUAGUAUUGUGUGUGUUUUUAGUAAUUUCUGUGGCAGCUAGAUCAAUGUGGUGCAUUUUUAUAUUCCAGGUAUACUCUGGUGUUUUUCUAGAAGGUCCUCAUUGGUCCCGCUCAGAGAAUGCCCUAUACUGGGUGGAUAUACUAGCUCAAAAACUCCUUAGAAUGGAUGAAACAGGCAAUGUUACCUCCAGGAACAUAGGUUACGGACCUCCAUCUUUAGUGGUGUCUGUGAAAGACUAUCCAAAAAUGCUGCUGGUGACAGUUCGCUCGGGUGUCUACUUAUUGAACUGGGAUGCGGAACCUGGAGAUAAUGCAUUGCGGCUGCUCAGUGUUGUCGACGUGGGCCUCCCAGACAACAGAUGCAACGAUGGCAAAGUCGACGCUAACGGAAGACUUUUUUUUGGUACGAUUGGAAAAGAAGUGGGCUCAUUUCUAGAUAAAGACAAGGCGUCAUUGUACAUGAUUGACGAAUACAAUUAUCAGAAUCCAGAGAUUAAGGUCCGACCUGUAUCCGUGUCCAACGGCAUCGCGUGGACAUCCGACAGCAAGUUCAUGUUCUACAUAGACACACCGACGAGGAAUAUAGACGUUUUUGAUUUUAAUCUGGAGUCUGGAACCAUACGUAAGUAUAGAUGACAGAUUUAUUUUAAGAUUCAUAUACGGGGUUAUGGACAUACCCACAACGCUAAUAGAGUUGUAUUUGUAUAAAAAUACUGUAUUUGAAACAGUAAAAUAAAGAUUAUUACAUAAAAUUACAAAUAUCAUAACAAAGGAACCAUAAAGACUUUAUAAUUACAUAUUUCUCUUGCAGGAAACAGGCGGACUUUGUUUAGUUUCCAAGCCAAUAACGUGACGGGGUCACCUGAUGGAAUGACUAUAGACAGAGAUGGAAACUUGUGGGUCGCAUGCUAUGAUGGAGGAAAGGUGAGGCUGUACCUUUCUAUCAUUUACAAAAACUUUCUUGUAUGAUUAAAGCCGAAUUUACAUAACGAAUCUAUUGCAAAAUUUC